UCCUCCGAGGAGUCGUCGUUAUCACCAUCGAAAUCAAUCGAACAUGCAAGAAGAAUGGGAGAAAAUCACCCCCAAGCUGCAACAUCGUCAAGGUUAAGGAUAAAGCAAGUUGGAGGAGAGAUCGUGGAGGUUGAAGGAGGUCACAUUGUUCGAUCAACCGGCAGGAAAGAUCGUCACAGUAAGGUUUGCACAGCCAAAGGUCCUCGAGACCGACGUGUACGUCUCUCGGCUCACACCGCCAUCCAAUUUUACGACGUCCAAGACCGCCUUGGAUACGACCGUCCCAGCAAAGCUGUAGAUUGGCUUAUUAAAAAAGCCAAAUCCGCCAUUGACGAGCUCGCCGAGCUUCCUCCAUGGAACCCUUUGGUUUCAACGAAGAAACCCAACAAGCAAGAAGAUCCAAACGCAGCAACAGCAGCAGCCGGUGAUUUUCACAUCGAAAACCAAGUUCAAAGUCUCGAGCAACGAGAGAUUGGAGAUGACUUGGAUAACAAUAAUUCCGGUUUUCUUCCGGUUUCAUUCGUUUCUGAUGAGAUUGCCGAUACUAUCACUAUCAGUCAUUGUCAAGAUCUACGGCUAUCUCUUCAGGCAUUUCCGGAGCCGAUUCUUUUGCAUCACCACCGUGAACACCAAGCUGCUACAGCUCCGGGACACAACAGUGAAGCUGUUUUAUUCUCUGGAACCACCGCAUUAGCAGGUUUCGAUGGGUUAAAUGUUGGAUGGGAGCACCACCACCAGCAACCGGCGGAGAUCGGGAGGUUUCACAGAUUGUUUGCCGCCGACAGUGGCGGUUGCAACGACGGUGGAUUUCUCUUUGGCACUCCAUCACAACAGCUAGUGCCACCGGCUUAUGGCCAAACCAACCAGUGUUUUUCUCAGAGGGGACCCCUUCAGUCCAGUAACACGCCCUGGGUUCGUGCUUGGAUAGACCAACCAAUUGAUGACCACCAGAAUUAUCAUCACCAAAUCCCACAAAACAUUCAUCAUCAAGCUGUUUCAUCAACUAUUGGAUUCACCACAUCUGGUGUAUUCUCUGGUUUUCACAUUCCAUCCCGAAUUCAGGGCCAAGAAGAGAAGCACGACGGCAUUGCCAACAAGCUGUCCUCUGAUUCUCUCCAUCAAUCGAUCAAUUUGGUUUAAAAAGAGGUUUUACUU